AUGCGAGUACGAAUCCGGGAUUUCGCUGUUCUCGAGCUUUGUCGAGCUGCAGGUAACCAGAAUAUUAGACUCGUCGAGGAUCUGUUGGCUUCAGGUGUCGAUCCAAAUGCACGUUUCGAUGACUUAGAAUCCGUGCUCUCCGGUGUGGAAGAGGGCUGGGCUAGCGGCGAGAAGAAUGCUCUACCGCCCAGAUUUUAUGAAGAUGAAAGUGAGGAACCGCCUCUUUAUGGGGCCACCAGGCGUGGUGGCAGGGAUAAGACUUGUAUCACUCGUCUGAUGAAAGCCCUACUCAAACAUGGCGCAGACCCUUAUGCUCUAUUCCGUCAACCCAUAAUCCUCCACCAAGAGCAACCUCUCUUUCCAGGGAGUUCCGUUGAUCUGGAAGAGGUGAGUGAUGAAACGUUAGAUCUCGACUAUGGCUUUUUUGCCCGGCGCGGAAUCAUCGACGAAGCGCGUAAGUCGGAAUUUGAACGCCUCAGUCUUGAUCCAAAUUCAGAUCCGAACGCUAUCUUUGAUUCUUAUGAAUUUGUUGGUAGCCCCUUCGGCAAUAAUGAUAUGGGAGACUGGAUCGACUAUGAGGAUCGUUUCCCGCAUCCAUACGGUGUACGCAGCGUGCUUCAUUCUUUACUUGAGAUGGGUGUAUUUGUGCAGCCUAUACUCGACUUCCUAGGAGACCAAAUUGACGUUGAACGACGAGAUCCCCAAGGUCGCACAUUAUUCCUGGCCGCUUGUCUAAGCAGGCUCGGCUUAGAUGGCGCGGUUGAUGGAAUCUAUACCACUGUCAGUGAUGCUAGAAGUGACAAAGGAAUGGCUGAAAACCCAUUCCCACAACCCGAUAAUGCAUGGAGAUCAUUUGAGCGCCCCUCUACUACACGAAGCAUUGGGCCAUCUCUACUUGAUUUUUUUAUUUCCCAUGGAUCAAACCUAUUGGCCGUGGAUAACUACGGGAGAAAUGCCUUUCAUCUAAUUUUUGACGAAGAAAAGCAUGUAACGGAUCUGCCUUCCAUCAACGAUAUAGCGAUCAAAUAUCUAGUCAAAAGCUGCCCCAGUCUUGUCAACAAACCUGAUAAGGCCGGGUUCUAUCCCCUUCAUAUGGCGAUACGAUGGAUGGGCAUCGGUGGCCACUCUGGCUGGACUCCCGUAUACGCCCCUGAGUCACUUUAUCAAGUCGAAGUCCCUGUCAAUGAGCUCCUUUCUGCCGGCGCCGACCCACUAGUCCGUGAUAGUCGAGGAAAUACUGUCCUUCAUUAUCUUGCGGCGAGUAAAUUGGGAGAGAAAAAUCAUCGCGUGGGUCACAAACAAAAGCGUUUGCUUCAGGUAUUCCUCGACCGAGGGGUAGACCCCAAGACGCGCAAUGCGGAUGGCCGCACAGCAUUAGAACUCUUUUUUACGACCGGGAAUGACGAUCAAGUUCAUCAUGACCAGUUAGACGAUCAGGAAGGCUACCGCAUUCUCUGUGAAGAGGUUCUUGGCAUUUUUGUGAAAGGGGGCUAUGACAUUGAAGAGAGAAAUGAAGAAGGGCAGACACUGCUUCAUCUGGUAGGCACCCUGGCUUCUGAGAGGGCAGCCGCGUGGUUCAAAGUUCUCCAGGCUAGGGGGCUCGACCCUUUGGCAGAAGACAAAGAGGGAAAUACGCCUCUGGGAUUGGCGAAGAAGAAUGAUGAGCUGGAGCGGUUCAUGGUCAAUGACAGAAUUGAGUAG